AUGACAGCAGUUGUAGAUGGGAACACACGUGUUCGCGUGAGUUCAGUCUUGAAUCGAGAUACCAAGCAGUUUGGUAAAAAGUAUUUGUUUGAUGGAGAGGAAGAUACGUGUUGGAAUUCAGACCAGGGUUCACCACAAUGGAUACAUAUAAACUUGGACACAGAAUGUGAUGUGGAGGAGGUCCAAAUAAAGUUCCAGGGUGGAUUUGUAGGAAAAGACUGCUGUUUGGAGGCCCAUACAGACGAUAAAGUUCAUAAAAUUAUGGAUUUCUAUCCAGAGGAUGUUAACUCAUUACAAAUAUUCAAACUUCCAGAUCCUUUGAAGAUAUCCAGUUUCAGGAUUGUGUUCAAUAAUAGUACAGAUUUUUUUGGACGGAUAACAAUAUACCAGCUGACAAUAUUAGGAUCAAAGAGUUGAUAGAGGAUUCAAAAACAAGCAUACAGAAAAUACUUCACAAUAAAUUGAAUUAUAGAUAUUCUGUAAAUUCAGAGACAGGCAUUGAUAUAUACCAACUUUAUCCCACAAAAUUAAAUUGUAGUAACAAGCUUCACCUGGUACCAAAAACAAUAUGCACAAAAUAAGUGAAAUUAUGAUUUCUCAUCUCAAAACUUCUGUUUAUGAAUAAGAUUGUGAAUUAUGAUUUUGAAAUGUAAGCAUGAAUACUUUUUACCUAUAGAAGGUAUUUGGUUGUGGCUGAAACAAUUAGUCAAAAAUAUCACUGAUACUUGUAAGACUACACUGCCUAGAUUUAUUAUAUAUAUACAACUUGUAAAUAUAGAAGUGAAAUAUAUUAAUACAACAUUUGCUUUAUAAGAUAUCACAGUGUCAGUGUGAUGAUUGUUGGUAAACUGUUCAUUCUGAUGUACUUUUUUAUGCUACUACCUUUUCCUGGGUGAGGAUAUAGUGUUGCACAUGUUUAUAUAUCCUAUCCUAUCUUGUUUGAAUCAGUGCCAUAUCUUGAAAACAUCUAAAUAGGUUUGGAUCAUAUUUCCCCCAUAUUACAUUUAUCAAUAACAUCAAGUUCACCACUUAAUCAUAUUCAGGUUUGCAAAGUAACAGAGGCAUUGUUACCUUAAAGACAUUCUUAACUUUUUAUGUCAUAAGUCUUUUAUUGAACUUUCAUGGGAAGCAAGAAUCAGAACAAAUUAAGCUGUGGUCCAAGAGUUGAUAUCAGAACCAAUCAUAUUAAUGUUAUUAAGUUUUGUGCUACAAUGUAGGAUUUACUCUUUCAUGGUUGAAUUUAAGUUAAAUAGUGGCCAACAGGUAUAUUUCUGGUGUAUUUGAGGUCAGUUCUUUUAAUACUCUCCUGAACGUAUGUUGAAUAUGAUAUCAACUUGUUAAAACUUUGAAUAAUCACCAGCUCAAAUAUGUAGACGACCAUUCUGAACGUUGGGGCCCUAUUAGUAUGGUCAUUGUUCUGGACUGUAUGACAUGAUGAUUUGUAGAUUUCAUAAAUUAAUAGUUGUCAAAGGAACUCUGAUGUUAGAUUUUAAUUUGUUUUCGGUCAAAAUUGAGAUAUAAUUAACGACUUUUUUUUAUAAAAAAAAAAGAAAGAAACAUUUUUUUACUUUCGGUUUGCUUCUA